AUGACGGACGCCGGAGCCUCGACUGCGGCGUUUGCGUUUGCUGCGCUAAUGGGCUGCGGAUCACCGAAUCAGCCUACGUUUUCUAUGGAAUCACUGCUCAAGCCGGAAAUUUCCGACUUUUCCCCCAAGCCUACAGGAAAUACAGAAGAGUCGACUAUAUGCUCUGUAUGUUGUGAUGAAGCCAGUGGACGACAUUAUGGUGUUGUUGCAUGCUUCGGAUGCAAGGGUUUCUUCCGACGAACAGUACGUGCUGGAAAGAACUACAUUUGCCGAUAUGAUCAAAAAUGCCGAAUUGAUAAAGCUGGACGAAACGUUUGUCGUUCGUGCCGAUUUCAAAAAUGUCUCGACGUGGGAAUGGAGCCAGAUGCAAUCAGACCCGAUCGAGAUAAAACAGGUCGGCAAAAGAAUCCCAGAAGAAAUGCCGUCGUGAAAAAACUCUCGGGCGCAUCGAUGUUCGGCGACUUACCGUGUGUGAAUAAGAGGGACGAUUCCGACGAUAAUCCAACAUCGCCAUCAUCACGUGCCGAAUCUGCACCGGCUGUUGACGUCCGACCCAGUCCAUGUGACGAGAUCCUAACGACUUUGAGAGAAAUCGAGCAGAUCUGCUUACAAUUACGUGAUGUAGCUCCAGUGUCACCAAUGGCUCGACCAACCCUCUUGGAUUGUGUUCAUCGACCGUCCUUGAUAACCCCCAGAUCUCAGGUGGUAUUCGAAGCCCUGAAUGGUCCAGCGAGUUUGACGUCAAUUGCGGAGAACGUCCGAAGGAUGACAGUGCUUGUGUUUGAUUAUGCGAACACGUUAAAACCGAUUGCCGACAUACAACCCGAGGAAAAGAUCGCAUUGAUUCGUAACUGUAUCACACCGUUUGCAUUGCUUAUGUUGUGUUUUCACUCAUCAAAGAACGAUUCCGAUGCGAUCGUGCUACCAUCUGGCCAUACAUUACCAUCGGACAUGUCGCUGUUCACAUCUGUUCUCGACGACGACAAACGACACCUUCUGAUGAUCGCCAAAUGCGAUGUACGUCGAGCAUUGGUCGAUCAAGUUAUGCAUCAACUGCGAAAGUUGCACGUCACUGAAACGGAAUUAUUAGCCUUAAAGGCAAUUAUGGCAUUGGAUCCCAAUGUAAAAGGCUUAUCGAUGAAGUCCUCUGGACAUUUACUCGUUGGCCGUGAAUCUGUGCAGAAUGCUCUCUUCUCACAUUUGAUGGUACGAUAUCCUCCAUCAGAGGCGACCGCUCGUUUCGGCCAUCUAUUACUACUGAUUGCGUCGGUUACGAAAGUGGCGUCAACGUUAACCGGCCUGUUACAAUUCAGCAAAGAUAUCUCACUUGGAGUUGAUCCGUUACUAGACGAAUUACUGUUAAAGGAAUUCUGA